UUGUGCUCCCUCUUUGUAAACUCCGCUAACCUACUCUGUACUUAUCCCACGCUACAUUUUAUAAGACCAAAAGAAAUCUGUGCUCAAACUCGCAUGCGCUCUCUGCUUCAGCACCCUCGCAUCCUCCGCCCGCUAUCUUCCCCUGUGAACUCUUCAUCCUCGCCAUUAGCAUUUCUCAUGGCGUAUUCUCUUGCUCUCCCCUCUGUUUCUCUCAAAAACCUAUCUUUUACUGCCUCCGAUUCCCUCACUGGAUGCCACAGGAAUGGAAUUCGUGGUUUUGGUGUCGAAAAUCUGACUGGAUCUAGAUUGUUUAUGAGUUUAUCUGUUGGAACUCAAACCAUUGGUGUUGUUGAUGACUCAUUGUUCGCCGAUUACAAGGCUAACUUUGCUUUUCUAUUUCCUGGUCAGGGUGCACAAGCGGUUGGAAUGGGAAAGGAGGCUCAAAGUGUUCCAGCUGCAGCUGACUUAUUCCAGAAAGCGAAUGAUAUAUUGGGGUAUGAUCUUCUAGAGCUCUGUACCAAUGGUCCAAAAGAGAAGCUGGAUUCGACUGUGAUAAGCCAGCCUGCUAUUUAUGUCACCAGCCUAGCUGCAGUUGAGGUGCUCCGAGUUCGUGAUGGAGGCCAGCAGAUAAUUGAUUCUGUUGAUGUCACAUGUGGUCUCAGCUUGGGGGAGUAUACUGCACUAGCAUUUGCUGGAGCUUUUAGCUUUGAGGAUGGACUCAAGCUGGUCAAACUGAGGGGUGAAGCCAUGCAGGAAGCUGCUGAUGCUGCAAAAAGUGCCAUGGUCAGUGUAAUUGGACUGGACUCUGACAAAGUGCAACAGUUGUGUGAUGCAGCCAAUCAAGACGUUGAUGAAGCCAAUAAAGUUCAGAUUGCAAAUUACCUAUGUCCUGGAAAUUAUGCUGUAUCUGGAGGUGUGAAGGGAGUGGAAGCAGUAGAAGCCAAGGCAAAGUCAUUUAAAGCUCGAAUGACGGUGCGACUAGCUGUUGCUGGUGCCUUCCAUACAAGUUUCAUGGAACCAGCUGUAUCGAGAUUGGAAGCUGCAUUGGCAGCAACAGCCAUUAAACCUCCAAGAAUACCAGUUAUAUCCAAUGUUGAUGCUCAUCCGCAUGCAGAUCCUGCCACAAUCAAAAAGAUAUUAGCACGCCAGGUGACUUCUCCUGUUCAAUGGGAAACAACAGUCAAGACCCUUUUAACCAAAGGGCUGAAGAAGGGUUAUGAAUUAGGACCUGGAAAGGUUAUUGCUGGCAUUGUCAAGAGAAUGGACAAAGGUGCUGAAAUUGAGAAUGUUGGUGCUUGAGGGGGUAGCCUGAAGUGUGCCUGAGGCCUGAAAUCGGGAACCAUAUGUUGUUGAAUGCAGCAGCUUUAUCAUAUAUGGUGCAUAGGGAGCAAAGACAUUUGGAGCUUAAUUUAUAAAAAUCAGCACAUCAGGAGUUAGAUUAUUAGCACGCCUGUCGUCUGAAAUAAUACUAGUUGUAUCUGUAGAGUCUUCUUCUCUAUGAGCAUUUGGAAUUAGAUAAGAGCAAUUUUGUGAACUUUCAUUGAAUAGAACUUUUCAUUUAUCAAUUUCUUUUUUGA